CCGAGCCGCCAUGUAACCGGCGCCGCCCGGAGCCCAGCCGCGCGCGGCCCCCCGGCUUCACGCCUGCCAUGGGGGACGAGGAUGAGGACGAGGGCCGCGCCGUGGAGCUGCGGAUCACUGACGCCAAUCUGACCGGGCACGAGGAGAAGGUGAGCGUGGAGAACUUCGAGCUGCUCAAGGUGCUGGGCACAGGAGCCUACGGGAAGGUGUUCCUGGUGCGGAAGGCGGGUGGGCACGACGCAGGGAAGCUGUAUGCCAUGAAGGUGCUGCGUAAGGCAGCCCUGGUACAGCGCGCCAAGACGCAGGAGCACACCCGCACGGAGCGCUCGGUGCUGGAGCUGGUGCGCCAGGCGCCCUUCCUGGUGACCUUACACUACGCCUUCCAGACCGAUGCCAAGCUGCACCUCAUCCUGGAUUAUGUGAGUGGCGGUGAGAUGUUCACUCACCUCUACCAGCGCCAGUACUUCAAAGAGGCCGAGGUGCGAGUGUACGGGGGUGAGAUCAUCCUGGCCCUGGAGCACCUGCACAAGCUGGGCAUCAUCUAUCGAGACCUGAAGCUGGAGAAUGUGCUUCUGGAUGCUGAGGGUCACAUUGUGCUCACAGACUUUGGACUGAGCAAGGAAUUCCUGACGGAGGAGAAAGAACGGACUUUCUCCUUCUGUGGCACCAUUGAGUAUAUGGCCCCCGAAAUCAUCCGCAGCAAGGCUGGGCAUGGCAAGGCCGUGGACUGGUGGAGCCUGGGCAUCCUGCUCUUCGAGCUGCUGACGGGUGCCUCGCCCUUCACGCUGGAGGGGGAGAGGAACACGCAGGCCGAGGUGUCCCGACGGAUCCUGAAGUGCUCCCCUCCCUUCCCCCGUCGGAUUGGGCCCGUGGCGCAGGACCUGCUGAAGAGGCUGCUGUGUAAGGAUCCUCAGAAGAGGUUGGGCGCGGGUCCCCAGGGGGCACAGGAAGUCAAGAGCCACCCCUUCUUCCAGGGGCUAGAUUGGGCUGCCCUGGCUGCCAGGAAGAUCCAAGCCCCAUUCCAGCCCCAGAUCCGCUCGGAGCUGGAUGUGGGCAACUUUGCUGAAGAAUUUACUCGGCUGGAGCCUGUCUACUCCCCCUCUGGCAGCCCUCUGCCUGGGGAUCCGCGAAUCUUUCAGCCUGGCCCGCAGCUGCACACCUACCUGGUCCUGGAGCUGCUGCGCGGCGGGGAGCUGCUGGAGCACAUCCGGAAGAAGCGGCACUUCAGUGAGUCGGAGGCCAGCCAGAUCCUCCGCAGCCUGGUGUCGGCCGUGAGCUUCAUGCACGAGGAGGCGGGCGUGGUGCACCGCGACCUCAAGCCCGAGAACAUCCUGUACGCGGAUGACACGCCCGGGGCCCCCGUGAAGAUCAUCGACUUCGGGUUCGCACGGCUGCGGCCGCAGAGCCCGGCGGGGCCCAUGCAGACCCCCUGCUUCACGCUGCAGUACGCGGCCCCUGAGCUGCUGGCGCAGCAGGGCUACGACGAGUCCUGCGAUCUCUGGAGCCUGGGCGUCAUUCUGUACAUGAUGCUGUCGGGGCAGGUCCCCUUCCAGGGGGCCUCGGGCCAGGGCGGGCAGAGCCAGGCCGCUGAGAUCAUGUGCAAGAUCCGGGAGGGCCGCUUCUCCCUGGACGGGGAAGCCUGGCAGGGCGUGUCGGAGGAAGCCAAGGAACUGGUCCGAGGGCUGCUGACUGUGGACCCCGCCAAGCGGCUGAAGCUUGAGGGGCUUCGGGGCAGCUCGUGGCUGCAGGAUGGCAGCGCGCGCUCCUCGCCCCCGCUGCGGACGCCGGACGUACUGGAGUCCUCCGGACCCGCGGUGCGCUCCGGGCUCAACGCCACUUUCAUGGCCUUCAAUCGGGGCAAGCGCGAGGGCUUCUUCCUGAAGAGCGUGGAGAACGCACCGCUGGCCAAGCGGCGCAAGCAGAAGCUGCGGAGUGCCGCCGCCUCCCGGCGAGGCUCCCCAGCGCCUGCCGCCCCGGGCCGGGCCCCUGCCACUGCCAAGGGGGCCCCCCGCCGAGCCAACGGCCCCCUGCCUCCCUCCUAGCCCCUACCACUGUGAUCACCCCUUCCUUGAGCGCUGCAGCUGUGACCUGGGAGGCUCCGCCCUGAUCCCCAGGAAUUGCCCUUCUCUCCCCGGUUCCUGACAGAGCAGAAGUAUUUUUAUAAGCAGAGAAUUUUUUAUGUCUUACCAGGUAGAGUUAGCGAUGCAGGGAAGGAGGGAGCAUGGCGGGGAGGGGGGGUGCUCUUCCAAGACACCACCUCGUCUGGGCAAAAGGCCCUGCUGUACGGCCUGCCCCACCUGGGAAGGGCUCCUCUCCCCUUUCUACGCACUGUUCUCUCCCGAAGCCUUGUUCCUAGGAAGGGACACCCCUCAAGAUGUCACUUUAUGGACUGUCUGUGCAAUUAUGUCCACCAAAGACCUGUGUUGGGGGGAUAGAGUGAGACCCUGGGGGGGUCCCCUGAAGCAAUUUUUGUCUCACUAAGUCACCUGUUCCUCCCCUCUUAGGGCUAAGCAAGGAGGAGGCCCUCCCAAACGGGAGGCUCUCUUCUCGCCCACCUGCUCCCCUUUGGCACAGCUACUCCUGGCCGAGGGUGGGGUCCUGUGGGUCUGGACUGGGCAUCCAUGGUUACUGCCUCAGCUCCUCCAGGCUGUGCCUUUGACUUCAAAAUAAAAGUCUACCCAGUGUUG